AUGAAUGAUGAAAUGUGCGCAAAGGAAGAAUUGUCAAAGGUAGAAAAGAAGUUAAAAAGAAAAGGCAGAGGAGACAAUACGGAAAACCACGAUGAUGGUGAAAAUUUUACAAAUGAGGGAAAUUUGCUUUAUUCGAAUUAUUACGAGCAAGGAAAUGACGACGAAGAGGGUGACGAAAAGGAUGAUUAUGAGCAUGAUGACGCACCAUACAAUUUGGGAAAUCCUGUAAGUCGAAAUGUAAGAACAGAUCCUGUGCUUAAUGAGGAAGAUGUGUAUCAUAGAACAUUUAAUAACGGAUAUGAAUAUGUUGAAGAUUUUUCCAACCCAAAUGACAAUGCUAGAGGAGGCAUGUAUGAAAUGAGUGUCCAUUCUGGUGAAGCGGGGAACAAUGACGGAAUGAACAUCGACUCGAACCUAAACGAAUCAUUAAUGAAGCUGUUCAGUAUGAACUGUAAUAUGCAAGAGGAGAAAGAACAGCAUAGAGAUAUCAACUCGUUUAAUAAAAUUUUAAAAAAGAAUUCAAAUGAAGAUUUGAGCGAUGCAGCCACGAUCUGUGGGGAGAACACCAAUGCACAAACUGGCUUAGGUCAAGUACCCACAAAUGAGCUCAUCCAUGAGGACAAACAAAGCCACUGCGAUGAGAUGAGUAGCGGUGAUUUUGUUAAGGGAUACAACGAACCGUCUAAUGCUUACCAAGAGGAAGGAAACAACGGGGUAACCCAUUUUGUGGAGCAUAGAAGUGCGUACGAAGGUGGAAGUGGCCAUUUUGAAGGCCCUCUAAAAGAAAAGAAAAAACAUCCUCCGAAACGUACAAUGGGCGGUGCACCCAGUUGUGUUGAAUACGACUCAGGUGAUGGUAACGGAGAAACGAUUUACUGCGUAAAUAAUGAGAAUGGAUCCUGUGGUUCCAAUGCAUCCAUGGAGGGGACGGAACUCAUUGUUAACGAGGAUGAGCAAUAUUUCAGCAGCGACGUUGCGAAGAGAAUUUUGAACAACAUGGACCUGAUGUACACGCUCAAUAGAGAGACACACUCUGGUGCUACUGAUGAGGAAGGAGACAAAUUCGAAAUGGGGCUCCUCAACAAGUACAACAGUGUAAAUUAUAUGAACAAUAUAAUUCAGGAUUUGAGUGAACUGCGUGGGGAGAACGAUCGCCUGGUAGACAGAAACAUGGGCAUUAACUUUGGCGUCAACAUGGAAGGUGUUGCCGAAGGUUCUGAGAUAAACAAUAACCAUGAUGAAAACUACAAGAAGGUCAUAAGCGCAGAUAUGAAUAGGAUCAGUGAUUCGCAUAGCAUGCUCAUGCCUAGUGGUGGCAAGGUGAAGACGCUGGCAAACAAACGAGGAAAGAAGAAGCAGACCAUGCUGACGAAAAAGAAGGAAAAGACUGUUAUGAGGCAUAAUGAAGAGGAGGGAGAUUACUCAAAUAGGAUGUAUAUUAUGCAUGAAAAUAACUCCCGCAAUGUUUCACUAAACAGUAAUAAAGUUAAUCCAGGGGAAGAUCCCAUGCAGAAUGGCAACCAAUUGUCCGGGCCAAGUACCUCUAACGAAGCUAAUCUGCAGAAGCAUGUCGAGUCCAUGAUGAAGGGAAAUUCAUCUAUGAAUAACUACGAUUACUGCAGUUACGGGGUUAACAGCACAGGAAACCCCUUCGAAUUGAUGAAAUCGCAACAGAAGUAUUCUAGCAGGACAGGAGAGCAUAAGUACCAAAUGGGUCACCACAACAGUAGCAAUAGUAGUAAUCCUGCUUACCUCAUAAGUGGAGGCAAAAUAGGGAAGAGUAAAACCCGGUCUAACGGAAGCAAUAACACUUAUCAGAAUGAUGAGUACCCCGGUAAGGAGAGUAACUUUGGCAUGGUGAAAAAGACAAAUAAAGGUCGAGAAAAUUCGUCCGAUGAAUUCUCCAUUAACAACACAAUCGCCAAUUUGUUUGGACUUCCACAAAGCAAUAAUAAAAAAAAGCAUAACGCAAAAAAGGGUGCCAAAUUGGUUAAUAUAAAUUAUGGGGGAAGGGCAGUCAGCCACAACCAAGGUUCCAACAAUUAUCAUGGAAUGUACACAAAGGAGGGCGUUGACAUGAGAGAAGCAAAUGAAACGGUCCAAUAUAACUGCGAAGAAAACUAUAGCAAGGAGGUACCCCCAAAAGUGAACUACCGGAGUAUAUUUUCAUCACGUAUUCGAAAUGUGAAGGGAGAAAAAUACAGCUACUUGAAGAAGUCCAAGGAACGUUCUAACCCUUCCAAUGUAAGCUCAGGUGCUCAUGCUAAAACGAAUGGUGAAGAUGGCGAAAGCUACCAGAAUAAGCCAAAUGAGUCGGUUAAUUUUGAAAUGAUGGACUCGCUUAAAUACCAAGGGGGAAAAUCUGACAAGGAAGAAUCCGUCAAUAGUGGAAAUAUCAAAGGGGAGAAUAAUUUUGAAGAAUAUGGCGAAAGAAAUGCUAUGGAUUACCUUGACCAGCAGCACCAUCAUCAUGGUCAGGAAAAUUCACUUCGCGAAUUUCACCAAUCUGGUCAAUCUCGCCAGUCACACCAAGUAGAUGUGUUGAGAAAUCUCCCACCAGAGGCAUUCCAGAAUGGUAGCACGAUAGAUGACGCCCCCAUCCGGUAUGUGCAUAAACGGUAUAACCGUAACAGCGAAGGAGAAAUGGAGCAAUUCUACCAAGUGGAGGAAGACGAAAAUUCGCACGUGGCGAACUAUGAGCAAUAUCCAAAUGGCGAUGAACAGAAGGAUGAACAAAAUUACUUCAACCAGUGGAAUAAACAUUUUAUUAGCGCACUGAAUGAUGUUAACAUAAAAAUGAAACAAGCUUCGAAUAAACGGGACUAUUUGAAUAGUGGCUCCUCUUCUCCACCCACGAAAGACAUAAGCAAUGUAGAGAACGAGAUGGAUAAUUUUACCAAGAACAAAAAUAACUUCUACCUGAACAACUAUGAAGAAAUAAGCAAAGCCCUCUUUAACAUAAAAAAUAACCCCCAAAUUGAUGAUCUUACAAAGAAGAGGCUUCUCAGUACGAUAGAGAACUCCUUUUUUGCAGAUAAGAACGGCAGCAUGCCACUGUUGCAUGGAGAAGGGGAUGGCGUGCAGAACGAAAUGCAACAGGUGGACUAUGUGGACGAGCUCGCGGCGCAGCAGGAGGUUGUAAAAGAUAGAUCCAAAAGUGGCUCCAGAAAUGAGGCAAAGGUGGGGACAAGAAAGAACAUUAAGAGCCUUCCCAAGAGUGGCACGAGAAUCGUACAGAAGAGUGACCACUACGAACGGCUAGGCCACUUCAAUAUGGGGGAAAAUUUCAAAAGAAGCAAAAAAAACGAAUUCAAAGUUCAGCACACUUCCUACGGCAUCGAUGAAAUGAGAAACGGCAAUUCGAACCAGUACUUCGACACGAGUUCUACUUUGCAACAGAUGAUGAGCACCCAACAGGAACACAAUUUGGGGGGCAACCCUGGUUAUUCUUAUGACGAGAGCAAGGCGCGCUUGUACCAAAUAAAUGGAAAGGAGGACACAAAAAACGUUCGUACGAAAGAGAGAAAAAAAAAAAGAUCCAAAAAAAGCAUGAAUAUUACGGACCAAAGGGCUAGAGAAGACGAAGCGUUGCAAUUGGGGGGUGAACAUAUCAACGAGAAGUAUGAGACAUACGAGGGUACAAGAAAUGGAAUGAGUGGUGUCGAUAACGAAAGCGCCGUAAGUAGUAGCAAGAAUGAAGGAAAUUACGUAGACGAGAUGAGUAGCAACAACAUUAGCAGUGUAACACAUAACAGUUUGGUGCAGCAGGGCCUGGCGAAGGGGCCCUUGGGUGGUAGAACGGUCAAGAGAGGAAAACGACCCAAAAAUUAUGAGGUGGAGAAGAAUGGUCACGAUGAACUGAAGAAAGUAGCAACGAGAAAGGGUGAAAUGACCAAAGAGAUGGAAAAAUACGGAAAGGAGGUAAUGGAAAGUGUGGAUGACCGCAUAUUUUUGUAUAGCAACGUUGGCAGGGGUAGCAGCCUCGGAAGUGGAUACACAGCUGGUGGGGAAACGAACGGGACCGGUGAAGAAUUUUUAAACGGAAAGUUUCACCCCGAAGGUAAGCAGUCAGCGCAAUACGUCAGCGUGAAGGAUGAACCACACGCACGCGUUGAAGAGAACAACUGUGUGUACCCGAGAAAAAGAACAGACACCGAGGAGGAAGACCUGAGUCUAGUUAGCGUGCGAAACGAAUAUGAAGAAGUGGGAGAAAUGUCAAGUACCAUGAACAGGUACAAAUCUGACGAUAUAUUUAUUAAGAAAUAUGAUCUGACAAAUGAUGAGAAAAAGCAGAAGAUGUACUUAGCCGAUAUUAUGCGAAGCAACGAAUUGAAACAAGUAAACGACAACUACUUUAAGCUGAACUCGAACUUUCCAAGUAACCUACUAAGUACCAGUACGAGCAGCAGCUAUAGCAAUGACAACCUCAAGGGAAGCACCAACAACUACAGUUUUAAUGAACUCUCUUCGAACACAUUAACAAGCAAAUUUCACUUGGAUGAAAGCAUGCCCAGCAAUAUGAAUAUGAGUUCACAAAUGUGCAGAAAUAACUACAGCUCUUAUGAGAAGAAGAAAAAAAAAACGGACAAGAGGAAUUUAGGCAAUUUGUACAACAACACACCGACGACAUACGCCACCUGCAUGAAUGACAGCAGCAGCACAACAAUUAAGUUGGUAGACCAUGACGUCAGCAACGAUGAGAAGAUGAACCAAAAGAGUAAGAAUCAUAUUAUGAGUGUGAAUGGGCAGAAUGACGCUGAGGGGGUAAAUGCCCUUCAAAAUGCUGCCGUCAAUUUGGAGUACCUCACAAAGGAAGUCAUUAAAGGGAAUAAAAAUAUUAUUAACUUGAAUAAAAAAAUGGGAGAUAAUAAGGUGCAUGGGGAGAAGAGUGAUUUGCUGGUGGUUGGUGAGGGAACUCCAUUAAGCGAUGCGCUUAGCAGCAACCCGAAUUUUCCCAACGGGUUUGUUGUGCACGGUCAAGAUGAUCACAGCGAGAAUCACACAAACCAUGCAAGCAAUGCAAACAACAACAGCAGUGGCAAUGAUAACGAUCACGUGGAAGGCCCUGCGAAGGAGUAUGCAGACAGAGUCAACGAAAAGGAACACGCCACGGCGUCUAACAGCGCACAAUUUGAUGAAAGGAUCCGAUAUAAAAAUAAGAACCACACUGAGAAUGGGAAAUAUUUAAGCUUCUUGAAGAAGGAAAUAUCCUCCUCCCAUUCGGAUCAUAAAGGGGCCGACGUGGCUCACCAGAUCAGACAUAACAUGCUGCAUCCCAAUGGUGUGAAGAGCGAAAAUGAAUUCUUGCUGAACAGAACCAACAGUUUGAACUUAAGUUUGGGAGGACUCUCACAGGGAAUGGGGGAUUAUGAUAAUAUGGAAGAUGAAAACAGUGGUGUUAAUAGUAACAGAAACCACAUAUAUGAUGGAAUGGUCCGGGUGAAGGAUGAAGAGAUGUGCAACUCCAAUUUCUCCGACCAGAUUACCAUGUCAGAGGGAUUUGGUCAGGAGUUGAUCAGCGGUGGAAUGGCACCAACGGGGAAGGAGGAACAACUCGAAGGGGAGGCUGCUAAUGGAGCAAUUAGUGAAACGGUUAGCGGCACAGUUGGCGGAUCAGCUACGGAGCGGACUAUCAGCUUUCCGAGUGAUGCCCCGAACGAACUAUCUAACCCCACCGGGUCGAGCACAAAAAAUGAUAUUGACAUAUCCGUCUGCACGCUGCCGAACUGCCCUACACACAACCCUCAAGGUUACACAAAAAAUGUGUCAAGAAAAGGAGACGGGCAAGGAGAGGGAGGAAUGAUGAAGGAAGAAAAUGAUGAACUGAAGAGAAUCCCAGGAGUUUACUACGAUAAGAAUUCACAGAGAUGGUUUGGAGAACACAAAAUAAACGGUGUUAAAUGUGCCCAAAGUUUCGCAGUAAAAAAACAUGGGUGUGAAGAAGCGAAAAGGCUAGCAAUCGAAUGGAAAAAGGCAAGAAUAAGGGGAGAAGUAUGGGACAGAUUUAUAAAUAAAAAAAAAAAAAAUACUACCAAUCCCAACUGUGUGAAUAAGACAGCCAAGACUAGCCGACCGUCUGUGGAAGAAUUACGAAUAAAGUACCUAUCCAUGAGUAAGAACAUGCCAAAGGUUAGAGGAGUGUGGUUUAAUUCGACUCCACAAAGAAUGGGAUGGGUAGGACAAGCAUACAAAAAAUGUAAGCGAAUUGAAAGAAUCUUCUCUGUUAAUAAAUACGGCUUCGAAGGUGCAAGAAAGUUAGCCAUUGCAUUUAGAAAUUCACAAAAACCGUCCAACGAUGAUAGCGAUGAAGACAGUUGGUGUAAGAAUGAUAAAAUGACCAUAGAAACUGGGGAAGAUAAUUUAAAUAACUAUGAAUACAAAAAUGAAUACUCAGGAUCGAAUGAACUACCUAUUAAAAAUAACAGCAGCAGUAGUAGCAGUAACGAAAUUAAUCCUAUCAAAAUAGAAACCAAGGAUACCAGAAUAAAUCUCUGUAGAGAUGCUAUCCUCUUCAUUCUGCAUGACCUGGAAACCAUCCUAGAAUUAAACAUUCCAAUGCUCCAUAAAAAUGUCAAUAUUUACAAAAUUUGUAUAAAACACCACUUAAAUUAUUUAACCCUCAUCAAAAGUGAGGAGCAAAUUAUUCCCUACCUGAACAUUUUUGGUGAUUAUAUUCAGAGAUGCAUUUUGCCGACAGAUCUUCCCUAUGCCGAACUGUAUGUACUGAUAGACUCCCUUAUCCAUAAUGACAUUUUGCCUUCAUUUGACCACAAGGAGAACUUCUGCGAGUACUCCAUGGCCGAGGACCCCGGAAUUAUUACGCCCUCCAUGUUGCUAUGA